UUAUAAAAGAGAAAAACACAAAAGAAAAAAGAAGCGAACUUUAGCAUCAAUCGAACCAUAUUCUUCAUCUUCUUAUUUAUUUUUUAUAUACUCUCGGCCUGCCAUCACCAUCUCCCGGGAACCAUCUUCCCUCCUUCACUUUCCAUCCUUUUUUACACUCCAACUUCAAAUUUAAUUUGUAUUCACUUUUCCAAUGUGUGACCAAUGCCAACGCCAACCUCCAAUGUGUGACCAAUGCCAACCUCCUCCUCCUCCACCACCACAACAACAUCCACCGCCACCACCACCCACUAAUGGCGAAGGCAAACCUCCUCCUAUACCCAGCCCACCACCACCACCACAAGGUGGUGCAGGCCGUUCUUGUUGCUUAUGCAUUUUCAUCUUCCUCCUCUUAGCAGGAGCCGCAGUACUCACCGUCUGGCUCAUCUACCGUCCCCACAAACCCCGUUUCGUCGUCGUCGGCGCCGCUAUAUACGAACUCAACGCCACUUCCCAACCCUUCAUUUCAACUUCUAUGCAGUUCACCAUCGUGAUGAGAAACCCCAACAAGAGAGUCUCUAUCUAUUACGACAAGUUACAAGCUUAUGUUUCGUAUAGGAACCAACAGAUCACUCCCCCUUUGGACUUACCCCCGCUGUACCACGCUACUAAAACAACAGUGGCGUUGUCCCCCGUACUCGGUAGCGGGAUGGUGCCGGCGUCGGCGGAGGUGGUGGAUGGACUGAUGAUAGACGAGACUUACGGAGUGGUGGCGUUGAGGGUAGUGUUGUUGGGGAAACUGAGAUGGAAAGCUGGUGCUAUCAAGACAGUCAAGUAUGGGUUUUACGUACGAUGUGAUGUUUGGGUCGGGUUGAAAAAGGGUGGUGUUGGACCCGUCCCUUUGCUUGGAGCUCCGCCAUGUAAAGUCGAUAUAUGAAAACUCCACUGCCAUGGAUUUUAAUGUAGCUAUAGCUUUGGUACUUCACUGUUUCUUUUUAUUGCUUAGUUUUUAUCUGCAGAAAUGCAGAAGAAAAUCAAAAACCAAGUUGAGUUACAGUUGAAUGUUGUAAGAAAAAAAAAAGCUUUUAAUGCCAAAAAAAAAAAGGGGGUUCUUUCGAUUUUCUUA